GGCGGUUAAAGUGCACCAUAAAAGGCCACCAUAAAAUAUCAACUUUCAAAGAAAAACAGUGUCACCAAGUUCAGAUAUUUUUAUGAGCUUAUACUAUAUAUGUAAUUAUGAAAUGGUGUAAAAAUCACAUUUAAACCUAAUUUCCGACCUCUACGAUUGUACUACCAUUUCGAAAUUCUCUGGAAACAGCAAAAAUCUUGAUCAAACACAAAUGGAUGAAGUUGGGCUGACCACGGAAAAUGGAAUGAGAUUGGAAAUUCAUGAAACAGGGUCGGCCGGAAUCAUGGGUGGGAAUACGAACAGCACGGCAGACGGCGGUGCUGCGGCGGAGGCGGCCGCCGGAAAUUUAGGGUGGGAAAGGCUUUUGCGGAAACUGUCGAUGAGAGUGCUUUUGGUGGAAGCUGAUAAUUCAACCCGCCAGAUUAUUGGUGCCCUUUUAAGAAAAUGCAGCUUUAAAGUUGCAUCAGUUUCAGAUGGCUUAAAAGCGUGGGAAUUAAUAAAAGGAAGACCUCACAAAAUAGACCUCAUUUUGAGCGAAGUUGAAUUACCUUCAAUCUCUGGAUACGCCCUUCUUACCUUAAUUAUGGAACACGAUAUAUGCAAAAAUAUCCCAGUAAUAAUGAUGUCAUCACAUGACUCCAUAAGUACUGUCUACAAAUGCAUGUUGAGAGGUUCAGCCGAUUUUCUAGUCAAGCCGAUAAGAAGAAACGAGCUGAGUAACUUGUGGCAUCACGUUUGGAGAAAACAACACUUGAGUGCUUCUGGCUCAGUUCAAAAAGUCGAGGCCACAGCUGAGAAUAAUGGUGUUAGUAAUCGUUCAAAUGAUAGUACGGCUUGCCUUGAGAAAAAUCUUGAGUGCAUUGAAAGAGUAAGUGAUGCUCAGAGCUCAUGCGCGAAACCGGAGUUGGAAACCGAAAGACCUGAUAACGAUUUACCAGUUAAUGUUGGUUUUUCCUGUUUCAAGACUGAUAAUGCUGACCAGAAAUCAUCUAGAGAAGCCAUUGACUUAAUAGGAGUUUUUGAUAAGUUAGAAGAACUGCCACCAUUGGAUCUUUCUUUGAGGAGAUCUCAUCCGAGUUGCUCGGUUAAUCAAGGCUAUGAUGAGACACCUAGGUUAAAGCACUCUGAUGCAUCGGCUUUUUCUCGUUCAAUGUCAUUGUUUAUUUCGAUUAUUAAGCAAGUAUCAUACAUAAACAGAACAGUUCAGCCUAGAAACUCGAUAUUCACAAGCAGCUGUAAUGAGCAGAAAGAGCAUAAAGGAGAAAUAUCUCCACCAAUCCCAGUUAAAGGCAUAAGAAUCAGAAACAUUAUAAACAAUGGGAUUGUUAUGUCUCAAUCCAGCCUGCAUAAUCCAGCCAAGGCAAGCAAUUUACAGUUUUGCCCUCAGCUGCAGCAUUUCUAUUCGCCCAAGGAAAAAUUUCUUAGCAAUUUUAAUGAGAGCAACUUAAAUAUGAAUGAUGGACUUGUUUGGGAGGGUGUCCCUUGUCAGUCCAUGCAAAGACAAGCGGCUUUGAAAAAAUUCAGACAAAAGAGGAAAGAUAGAUGUUUUGAAAAGAAGGUACGCUAUGAAAGCAGAAAAAAACUGGCAGAGCAACGUCCACGUGUCAAAGGGCAAUUCGUCCGCCAAGCAACUGAUAAUCCACAUCAUGUGGUGCAUCAAAAUUAAUGGUCGGUUUAGGUUUUCGUUGCUGCCUAACCUUGUGCCCUUUAUCCAGGAAGUCUCACCAAGUAUCAUAGUGUUUUGGCAUAUUUAUAUUAUUAUUUUUUGAAUUUUGAUUUAUGGUAUUCACGAUAUUUAGUUAUUUACACGGAGGCUGCAGCUUGGGUUCUCCUAUAAGUAUUGUCCCAUUUUUUAGCUUAACAAUCAAUAUUGUUUAUUUUAGACUGUGUAUUUUAUUUUUAAUGUGUUUAUUUAUUAUUAUUUGUUUUGAGAACGUUUAUUGUGGAGAUUUUGGCCUCUUACC